AUGAGCGCUUAUCCGCCCCAGCUUAAUUCCCCUGUGUUUCCGGCUGAAAAGGAUUUAGAUAUUCCCGAGUCUGCUCAUCCCUUAAGCCAGACCACAUCUAUUCAGGUGUAUAUUCAACUGGCCGAGCCGGCAGUUUUCUUGCAAGGGUUCGAUCAACAACAAUGGGAAGAGCGCCCUCCAGGCCUGUUGAGAGGUUCAUUGAUCCUAAGGGUGCUAAAACCUAGUAAAAUCAAGUCGAUUGAGCUUUCUUUCAGGGGUGUUUCUAAAACUGAAUGGCCGGAAGGCAUUCCCCCAAAAAGGCAGGAGUUUCUCGAAUCGUUGGACAUUGUAAACCAUACCUGGCCAUUUUUCCAGGUUGAAAACUGUAUGGUGGCUAAUAGUAAUUCGUGCGAUCCAGAUGAUUUGACUAAAGGGAGUUGGGCUUCCCUGUAUCGACCUUCAAGAAAGAAAAGUGACAGCGUCAGUUACAUAAAUCUGAGUCCAGCUACAUCACCAAACUCAUCAAAGGUGCAGACAGCGAGUUUCCUUCCGAUCGGCGGAAUGCUUCGGAGAGGUGCCUCGCCUGACGGACAUGGGGCCAAGCAGAGAUCUCGAUCUAGUACCAAUGCGCUUUCUGAUUUGCUGGGGUCACCCCAUGCUACAAACAGUGAUGGCUCCUCUAUUUUCUCUAAGUCCUCAGCUUCUGGCGGUGAACCCUUUAUAUUCCAGCCUGGAGAGUAUGUUUACGGUUUCGAACAAACGAUACCUCUUUCGUGCCCCGAGAGUAUAAUGGCCUCAUUUGGAUCAGUCGAAUACACAUUGAUGACAUCGAUCGAACGCUCUGGGGCAUUCAAAACAAAUAUUCACGCUCGGAUGCCUGUGGACGUAAUUAGGGCGCCCUCUGACUCAUCAGUGGAGGAAACUGAACCCAUAGCUAUUUCUCGGGAUUGGGAAGACCAGCUGCACUACGAUAUUGUCAUUGCGUCCAAAGAUAUUGUACUGGAUGCUUUUUUACCAAUCGCAUUUCACAUAACUCCGAUGGACAAAGUAAAUUUGCACAGAAUAAGGAUUUACCUUACCGAAACAGUUGAAUACUAUUGUAAACAUAAGAAAGUACAUCGUUUGGAGCCUACCAAGAAGUUUUUACUUGCUGAACAUAAAGCUCCACUUUUGGCUAACCUCCCGCAGGGAGCUAGCGCAGAGAAGGCGAAAAAUUUGGGCAAUUUACUCUUAGAUGAGCACGGCGAUCUCGUUUCGAAAGAAUUUGAAUAUCAGGUUUUUGUCCCCGAAAGACUGAAUCUGCAGCAAAGAAUACACCCAGAUACUUCUUACCAGAACAUCAGGUCGAACCACUGGAUCAAGAUCUGUCUACGUCUUUCGCGCUUAGUCGAUGGUCAGCGGAAACAUUAUGAAAUAAGUAUCGAUUCGCCAAUACAUGUAUUGAACAGGCUGUGCUCGCAUGCCAAUACUCUUUUGCCGAGCUACGAUACCCAUGCGCUUAUUCCGGGUACUGAUUGUUCUCAAUUUGGCGAUCUGGGUGUCAAUUUAUAUCAUCAAUCAAACCUCUAUUUUCCUGAGGAGGUUAUCAAAUCCCCCAUACUGUCUCCAGACGUUUUACCCGUGGAAGACCGUGCAACUUUGUCUCCGCUAUCCAAUCCGGUUCGUCGGGGAAGCUUGAGUUUAGGACAUCAGCAAAAAAGAAAUGAAGACCAUCAGAGAACUGUUGAAGAUUUUCUCUCCAAAUCCCCAGAGCUUAGAUCGAACUUAUAUCAUCCUGGUUCUCUGAAGGCUGAGUUAACUUCGCCCCAGGCCAUUCCUCUGUCACCUAUUUCAUCCCCUCUCUCAAGGCCCAUACAUUUGCUAAGGCAGCCAAGUUUUGGGCCGCCUCCUUUUGAUGCCGACUUCUCGCCCCCGCAGCAUAAUGGAACUAAUUGCACACCUGCUCGCCUUCCAAAAAAUCCGCCUACUUAUGAGGAAUCGUUGAAAGUAGAGGCGGCAAGAUCGAGGCGACCUACAUUUACCAUAACGAGUGCGGAUGGACAAGAAAAGGAGAAUGUCAAUACAAUGCAUAGGUCACUCUCCGAGUACAAUGCUUUUGACGCUGUCUCUGCUUCGACCUCGUCCAGCGCACAAAACUUGGUUUCUCCGGAUGUCAGUGCUUUUUUAAAAGGGCAAUCUCCAAAAUUAAAAUCCCUAGGGAUUGUCGUAAACGGAGGCAGACGUGGAAGUAUUCAGGAUAUUCUUCCUUCGACUAUCAAAAAUUCAAGCGACUCUUACAACGAUAUGAAUGGUAUUUUCAAUGCUCUAGACAAGAGCGAGGACAUUGCUCCGUCCAAAAGUCAAUCUUCCUCCAUCGCAGCGUCACCCAGAUCAUCUAUUGAUACUGCUGCCGAUUACUUGAGUCGAGAAAAUAACGUGAAUAAUAUGGCACCUCUCCUCAAUCACCGGACAAACCAAACAGUGGAUACUUUAUUACAGUCCAGGGAAUCGAUAACAGGCUAUGAGGAUUCUACGACGGAAGCGUCCGUCGAUAUUACAGCACUUUAUGAUCGAAACAGCAAUACUUGGCAUCCCCUGCAAAAUGAUACGCCUGGGUCUCCCGACUCUAGUAGGGAAUAUACAUUCGGAGUCGCUGAUGGAAACAAAGUAUUUGAAGAUUUUAAAUCAGCUUUUAAAAUUCCUGCAGGAUCGGGAAACAUGGCUUCAGAACAAAAAUCAACACACGGGGUUACUAGCGGAUCUGGAACAAGUCCCGGAAAUUCCACCAUUGCAAGCCCAGGGGAACAGCCAAAUUAA